AUGCCCAGUUGGACGGAUCCACAGAGGAAUGUUGUUAAUGAUGGUGUUAAAAUUCCUGCAAAGGGAAAAUGCUCGAUACAUUUAGAGACCGAAGAGAAUGUAAAUUGGAUAUUUAUUUCCUCACCAACAUUGGCAGUGAUGAAAGUACCUUUUAAUGUACUGUUCGAGGAGCACGAGGAGCUGCUGGAACUCUUCGCGAAGCUGAAAGAGCUGCGGACGAAGGAAGAGCAGGCGAGCAGCCUCGAGCUCCAGGAACACGCCACCAAAGUCAUGAAUACCCUCGACGAAGGAAUCAAAGAACUUGAUGACCUCGACACCUUCUUUACCUUCCUCACCCAGAUAGGACAGUCCCACAAGAAGAUACCCGGCUUCAAACCCGAUUAUUUCUGGGUGAGUAAACAAAUGUAUUGUGUAAUAAGUUAA